GAAAGAAAAGAAAAGUUUGGCUCGUCUUCUUUGCGUGUGUGUGAGUUUCAGUGCGUUAGCGUCUCUCCGUGUGCGUGUGUGUUAGUGAAGGAAUUCUGAAUUGUACAACAAGUGCAAACACUUGGAAGAAUCCUCCUCCUCCCCCCACCAAAACCCUCCCUCCAUCCACCCGAGCGCGCCAUCGAUACCAGAGGGCCAAGAGACGUGCAACAACAAAAGUUCGAUUCCUUCUUGAUAGCAGCAGCAGCCGACGAAGAAUAAUGAUUAAUGAAUAAUAUCGAUAGCAGCGGCAACGAAAUCAAAUCAAAACGACUAUGACGGAGGAAAUAACUGGAAAUUGGAGUUAUUAUGUGUAUAUAUCACUAACAUUGGUUCCAGUCUAUUUGGCAUUUCAACUCGUCAAGUCCCUGGGCUGGAAGCUAUUUGUGAACAACUGAGCAAACACACACAGUGAGCGUAUGUGUGUGUGUGUGUGAGAGAGAGAGAGAGAAAAGGAAAUUGAAUUCAGUUGAAAAAUCUACAACAAGAGAGAAAAGAAACAUUUUUGAAUAAUAAUUUCACUUUGAUAGUUGUCAGUUCAAAGUGGCAAGUGGACAGUGGAGGAUCGUAACUUUAAGAAUUUAAUUUCACACCACCUGGCUUAAAACAAGAAGAAGAAGAUCCUGUGCGGACAAAGAGACAGAGAGAGAGAGAGAGAGAGAGGAAUAAAGGCGAGGAAAUGCAAAGCAAUCAACGUCAUCACCAUAAGCAUCAUCAACACGAACAAGAGAAGCAUAACGGUCGUAGUCGACGUAGUAGACGAGGUCCAACUCCAAGUACAACUUGGCCAAGUCCUUCUUGCCUAGGCAAAAAUAAAUAAACGGAAAGCAAAAACCAGCAACGGAAACGGAAACAGCAAAAAGACACCAUUAAAAAAAAAGGCAGCAAGACAGCAACUCAUAAUUAUAAUU